AAGCCUAGUCCACAGAGGAGCAAUCUGUUUGACGGACUGAUCGACAAGAGCAAGAGAGAUGUUUCUUGCAAUGCUGGCAGGGACACAGUAAAACUGCAGAACACUUAUGGUCUAGAAAUCGAGUGGCGCAGCUGAAGGCCCAAGAUGCCCGAGCAGAGCAACGACUACCGUGUGGUGGUGUUUGGAGCAGGGGGUGUGGGGAAGAGCUCCCUGGUGCUCCGUUUUGUGAAAGGCACUUUCCGGGACACCUACAUCCCAACGGUGGAGGACACGUACCGGCAGGUGAUCAGCUGUGACAAGAGCGUCUGCACCCUGCAGAUCACAGACACAACCGGCAGCCACCAGUUUCCUGCCAUGCAGCGUCUGUCCAUCUCCAAGGGUCACGCAUUCAUCCUGGUCUACUCCAUCACAAGUAAGCAAUCCCUGGAAGAAUUAAAGCCCAUAUACCAGCAGAUUCUUGCUAUCAAAGGCAACGUAGAGAACAUCCCCAUCAUGCUCGUGGGAAACAAGAGUGAUGAGACUCAACGGGAAGUGAAGACCGAGGAUGGAGAGGCCCAGUCCAAGAUCUGGAAGUCUGCUUUCAUGGAGACCUCGGCUAAGACUAACCACAAUGUCACUGAGCUUUUCCAGGAGCUUCUCAACUUGGAGAAGAAGAGGAACAUGAGUUUGAACAUCGAUGGCAAGCAUUCUGGGAAGCAAAGCCGGGCUGACAAGCUGAAGGGGAAAUGCAGCGUCAUGUAGAGCGCUUGUUAGAGACAUGGUGAGAUAAAGCGGAGAGAUAGAGUGAUAAAAUAACAAAGGAAAGGAACUGAGGAGGGAAAAAUGAAUGGAGAUGGUGUUAUUUGACAUUUCAUGCUUAUUUCCGAUAACAAGGAUUUUACACUGACAUCUGAAAUUUCAUCCUUCACCACAGUCUUUGGCCUUAACAAGCACUGGCCUGUUCAUAUUGCCUUGUCUGUUUCUAUUACAGAGCAUCACCACCAUCUCUCACAUCUGAGAAAAAUUCAGACAGCAAUCGCUUGCUAAACAACCCUUUUUGAGUUCAUGAUGCAAAUAUUUGUAUUCAAUGGUUGCUCCUGCAUAGCUAAAGCAGUCAGGCUUUAUAUCGGCCUUGAGAUGGUAUCCAGACAUAAGACUUUGCAUAAUGACAACUAAACUUUUGUUUUGUAUAUUUAUUCAAAUUGAGUUGAGCAAGUAGCAUCAGUAUGAGAUUAUAUAACAAUAUAGUCAAACCACCCUUUAAUACUUUACUACAGGUUGUGUAGAAUGCACUUUUAUUUGUUGUCCUCAUAACAUUUUGAUGAUUACUUUUGCAUGCCCUUAUAUCUUAAAAAAUACCAACCGAUAUUUAGGACAAUGAUUUUGUUAAACAUUAGCAAAAUACCAGAGAAACAUAUAAUGCUUUGUAAAAUUAUUACCUGCAGUGACAUCAAGGCAGAUCAAAAAUCUGAA